UAACUUUUACCAAGUAAAAAUCAUAGAAAAGCAAACACUUUUGAGUUCGUUCAUCUUACUCUUACCACUUUCUUGUUCAGUAUCAUUAUAUAGUCAUUGUCAACGGUGUUGAACUGGGUAGCUUUCUUCUUCUCAUGGCUAUUCCAUCUUCCUCUUCCUUCAGCUACGAGUUCACCUUCGACGUGUUCCUCAGCUUCAGAGGCUCCGACACACGCCACGGUUUCAUCGGCUUUCUCUACAAAUCUCUUCUUGACAAGGGAAUCCGCACCUUCAUCGACGACGAGGAGCUUCAGAGAGGAGAUGAAAUCACACCGUCACUCGUCAAAGCCAUUGAACGGUCCAGAAUCGCCAUUCCAGUGUUCUCUAACAGCUAUGCUUCUUCUUCGUUUUGCUUAGAUGAACUUGCCAAGAUUUUUGAGUGUUUUAAGAAGAAGGGCAGGUUGGUUUUGCCUGUUUUUUAUGAUGUGAAUCCUUCUGAUGUGCGGUGCGGCGAGACCGGGAGUUAUGGAGUAGCUCUGGCUAUGCAUGAAGAGAGGUUUAGAAAUAUGAAGGAGAGUUUUGAGGAUAACAUGGAGAGGUUGAAGAAAUGGAAGGUUGCUCUUAAGCAAGCUGCUAACUUGUCUGGUUGGCAAAUCAAACUUGGGAAUGAAUAUGAACAUGAGUUUAUUGGGAAGAUAGUUAGAGAGGUCUCGAACAAGAUCAAUCGCACUCCUUUGCAUGUUGCGGAUUACCCGGUUGGAUUGGAGCGUCGAGUGCUAGCGGUGAAGUCGCUUUUGGAUGUUGGAUCUGAUGAUGGAGUCCACCUGGUAGGGAUCUAUGGAAUUGGUGGGAUGGGUAAAACAACACUUGCUCGAGCGGUUUAUAAUUUGAUUGCUGACCUAUUUGAAGGUUUGUGUUUUCUUGACGAUGUGAGAGAAAAGUCGGCCAAACAUGGAUUGGUACAUCUCCAAGAGUUGCUUCUUUCUGAAAUAGUUGGAGAGAAGGAUAUUAAGAUAGGAAGUGUCAGUAAAGGGAUUUCAAUAAUAAAGCAUAGGCUCCACCAAAAGAAGAUUCUUUUAAUUCUUGAUGAUGUUGACAAACUGGAACAGUUGCGGGCUAUUGUUGGAGGGCCUGACUGGUUUGGUUCUGGUAGCAGAGUCAUCAUAACAACUCGAGACAAACAUUUGCUAGCAAGUCAUGGGGUUGAGAGAAAAUAUGAGGUAGAUGAUUUAAAUGAAGGAGAAGCACUUGAAUUGCUUAGUUGGAAUGCUUUUAAAAAAGACAAAGUUGAUCCAAGUUACAAGAACAUUUUAAACCAAGUAGUAUCUUAUGCUUCUGGCCUUCCAUUGGCUUUGGAAGUAGUAGGUUCCCUCUUGUUUGGGAAAAGCAUAAAAGAGUGGGAAUCUGCAUUAACACAGUAUAAAAAAAUUCCUAAUAAAAAGAUUCAAGAUAUACUUAAGGUAACUUAUAGUGCUUUAGAGGAAGACCAUCAGAAAAUUUUUCUUGACAUUGUUUGUUGCUUGAAAGGUUACAGAUUGGGAGAGGUUGAAGAUAUACUUUGCGCUCAUUAUAGUGUCUGCAUGAAAUAUGGUAUUGGGGUGUUGGUUGAUAAAUGUCUCCUAAAGAUUAAGAAUGGUUGGGUGACAUUUCAUGAAUUGAUAGAAGUUAUGGGUAAAGAAAUUGAUCGACAGGAAUCACCAAAAGAGCUUGGGAAACAUAGAAGGUUAUGGUUCCAUGAAGAUAUUGUUCAAGUGUUGGCAGAAAAUACGGGAACUAGUGAGAUUGAAAUCAUAUAUCUGGAUUUCCCCUUAUUGGAAGAAGAUGAAGAAGUAUUAGUAGAAUGGGAUGGAGAGGCCUUCAAGAAGAUGGAAAAUCUCAAAACUCUGAUUAUUAAAAAUUGUCAUUUUUCCCAAGCUCCCAAGAACCUUCCAAAUAGUUUAAGAGUAUUGGAGUGGUGGACAUAUCCUUUACAGGAUUUACCAUCUGAUUUUCAUCCAAAGAAUCUUGCCAUAUGCAAGUUACCCGAAAGUUGCUUUAUGUCACUCGAGUUGUCUGGCUUAAUAAAGAAGUUCGUGAAUCUAAGAGUCUUGAAUUUUGACGGAACUGAAUGUUUAACACAGAUACCUGAUGUAUCUGGUCUCCCAAAUUUAGAAAAAUUGUCAUUUGAAUGUUGUGAGAAUUUAGUUACAAUUCAUGAUUCAGUUGGGUUCCUGGAUAAACUUAAACUCUUGAGUGCUUUUGGUUGUACCAAGCUUAGGAGUUUUCCUCCCAUCAAGUUGAGCUCGCUUGAAGAAUUGGAACUUUCAUCUUGCUCAAGUCUUGAGAGUUUUCCAGAAAUAUUAGGAAAGAUGGAAAAUAUUACACGGCUUGAGUUGAAACACACUUCGAUAAAAGAAUUGCCAUUUUCAUUCAGAAAUCUUACCCGGCUUCGAGAUAUUGCACUGCUUGACUGUGGAAAUGUUCAGUUACCAAGUAGUAUUGUGAUGUUGCCAGAACUGGCUGAGAUUUUUGCAGUGGAAUGCAAAGGGUGGCUAUUGCCAAAUAAGGACAAGGAUGAAGAAAAAGUGAACUCGAUGUCUUCAAAUGUAAAAUGUCUUUGUCUCUCGGGCUGCAAUCUGACAGAUGAAUAUUUUCCCAUACUUUUUGCGUGGUUUCCUAAUGUGAGAGAGUUAGAGCUAUCCAGCAAUAAUUUCACAUUCCUUCCUGAAUGCAUACAAGAAUAUCGCUCUUUGAGGGUGCUCGAUUUGGAUAACUGUCAGUGCCUUCAAGAAAUUAAAGGGAUUCCGCCAACUUUGGAAUAUUUCUCUGCAGGAAACUGCAAAUCCUUGACUUUUGGAUGUACAGACAUGUUACUGAAUCAGGAAUUGCAUGAGGCUGCAAAUACCAUGUUUUGUUUGCCAGGAGCAAGCAUACCUGAGUGGUUCAACCACCACAGCAUGGGACCUUCAAUUUCUUUCUGGUUCCGUAACAAGUUCCCUGCCAUAGCUCUCUGUUUUGUUGUUGGACCGAUGGGCAAGGACUCAAUUUUGUUUGGACCCAUCGUGACUGUCAAUGGCAAUGCAAUUAAGAUGAAGUUAUUAACAGAGAAAAGGUUCUGUUUUGACUUCUCAGCAUUAACUGAUCAUAUACUUAUCAUCGGUACAAGAUACAUGAUAUUCGAAGAUAAUCUGGAUAAUGUACUUUCAGAAAAUGAAUGGAAUAACGUGGUGGUUUCUAUUGGUAUUGACUUUGAAUCUAGCUCAAAGGAAAUAGCUGUCAAGGAAACGGGAAUCCAUGUAAUCAAACAAGAAUGUAACAUAGGUGAUAUCCGAUUCAAGAGUCCUUAUGAUGAACCCUUUCUGAAAGAGAAGGAUAGAUUGGUGAACAUAGGAGAUUCUCAUAGACAAAUUAUGCAGCAGCAAACAAGUUCAGUUUUUUUGGAACCGCAUGUAGGAUGGGAUAGAGAGUCACUUUCUUCGCUUCCAUCUUCUGCAUUUAACGAUAAUGUUAAUUGGGAUUCAAACUCAACAAGCAUGAGUAGCACCACCGCUGUCCAAGGCCAUGAAAUUAGGUCACAUAAGAGAAAAAAGGGUGAAUUAAGGUUGAACACAGGAGUUUUACAAUUUGUGCAGCAGCGAAAAAGAAUGGCUUCAAUGGGUUUAGUGCUACGACAGGGUAGGGCUUCACCAGGUUUAUUGAAACGGCGGGGCAAAGAGCGGCUUUCAUUACUUCCUCCUCCAACAUUCAAUGAUAAUAUGGAUUGGGAUUCAAAUUUAACACAGAUGAGUGGCAUCACCAGUGUCCGAGACCAUGAAAUUGCAUCACGAAAGAGAAAAAUAGAUGAAUUAAGGUUGGACAUGGGAGUUUUACAAUUUGUACAGCAGAGCAGAAAGUGGCUUCCAUUGCUUCCACCUCAAGCAUUGAAGUUAUUGAACAAUAAUGCAAAUUGGGACUCAAAUUUGAUGGUAUCAUCACCGAUGAGUAGCACCAGUAGUGCCCAAGGUUUGCAAGAGCAACAUGUACCUUACGCUACCAAACAUAAUUUUGAAGGCUGUGAAAGUGUAAAUGAAGCUGAAGGAAAGGAAAUUGAAGAAUGCAACAGUUAUGAUGGAGAGGUCAAUGGCAGGAGCCCAGUAAUGGAGCAGCUAUCAAUGACUCAGGAGGAUCAAGUGACUUGCGAGAAAUACCAACCUGCCUCAAGUAGGGCUUGGGAUCCAAUGGAAUUAGAAUAUCAAGUAUCCAGAAAACCAAUUUGACUCAAAUGACAAGAGCUUCUUAAGUACAAGGGUUCUAAUGUGGUGGGGUGUGAAUCUAAUCAUUGAAGAGGUAACACUGCUUGCGUGCUAUAAUCGUUUUGGUUGCGUCUCUCUGCUCUUCCUUCUCUAGCUGCUCGGUGAUUUCCCGCAGCGGUUCUUGAUGGCCUUUUCGGUCCUUUCCUGCGACGACGCGACCGUGUCUGUCGCUCUCUAGUGCACCAGUUUGUCUUCCUGCAGAGGUUCCUUCUCUCCGGCGCGGCACCUUCUUCCUGGAAUGCCAGAAAUGAAGCUAGUGGUUGGGUUGUAAUGGCAACCGCAGUUGCCAAUUUCAUCAUCAUUAACAGCCACAGAUGGAUCUCAUGUCAACUCAAACCGAGCCAUUAAGCAGCACUGUUUGGAAAUCCAAUUCCGAGCUGAUUGAUGGCCUUUUUGUUCCUCCAAAUGCUCCCAAAAAUUUGAACAAGUUACUGAGAAAGCAGGUUAAAGGAAAAAUUGUUCAACAUGCUGGCUCAAACCAUCACCCCUGAGUUGCAGAAAGAUCUCAAGUUAUUGAAGUUCAGGAGUGCUAUUGAUCCGAAGCGUAGUCUACAAGAAGGGUGACAAAAUCAAAGACCAUUCCCAAAUAUUUCCAGGCAA